AAAGGAGCCUUGAAUUUUUUAAAGGAGAAAAAAGGAUUUAACAAUCCAUCAAUUUUGACAAGCAAUUUUACGGAGGAACCGGUUGGAAACACUGGCUACCAUCAGUUGAUCGUCAAGGAAGCCAAGAAGCGGAAAAGGGAGAGGAGGCAAAAGGCGUCGGCUGUGUGCCGAUGAUCGCCGCUGAAAAUCAGUCGAGUUUGCGUGCCGGCUCCAGGCUGGGGCAGUACGAGGAGGUAGCGGGUGACGGAAGCGUGGGUGGUGGCAACGAGGCUGGUGGAACCGCAACCACUACCUCGGAGCCAGGUGUAAUGCAAAAAGAGGAGCAAGAGGUGGCGCAAAACGAGAACCCUUCGAAAGAACCGAACGCAGUAACAGUAACUACACCUAGCGGCGUCGCGACGACGGCGUCCACGGUGACCACGACACCCACGACCACGUCGACCACGAUGCCAGGUGGAGGCGCUCGCAGCGACGACGAGGAUGAGGAGGAGGAGGAGGCCGAAGAAGAAGAGGAAGACGUGGAGGAAGAAGAGGACGUGGAAGUGGAGGGUGGAGCGGCGCAGGAGGCGGUCGGCGGAGGUGUUCUGACGAACGAGGGUGGGGGUGGAGGCGGCAUGGCCGGCUUCUGGAGGCAGAGUAGACCCUCCAGUCCCCGCAUGCCGCCUCCGGAGCAGCCGGAGCACAGGCCUAAGAGCCGACACGAGCCGGCGCCCGCGAGAUACAACAACCUCGGUUACUGGAGGGCCAGAAGGGUGACAUUCUACAAAAAUGGCGACCCGUAUUUCCCUGGAAUCGAGUUCAGGUUUAAGCCAGGAAGGGACAUCGGUUCCUUGGAGGCACUCCUGGAUAGAUUGUCCCUUCGAAUGGACCUGCCCAGAGGAGCAAGGCACAUCUUCUCGAUGGACGGAGACAGAAAGAUCACCCUGGACGAACUUGAAGACGGUGCCUCGUACGUUGUAUCCAGUUACAAAACGUUCAAGCCGGCCAGCUAUGGAAAGAAGAAUAACACCUGGUACACGAGCCCCACUGGCGCGGGUAGCAGAGGUGGAGCGGGCGUCGGAGGUGGUGUUGGAGGUUGGCAAAGUAGACCACCGGCGGUGGCGAGCCUCAGCAGGAAAGCUUCAAUCACCGACGAAGCACCACCUCCUGGUGGUGGAAAGCCUUCCUCGGGACGUGUCAUACGAAUCGUUAACAACCACGAUCACACCGUACAGUGUAGAGUCUUGUUGAACCUCCGUACUUCUCAACCAUUCGAGGAGGUGUUGGAGGAUCUUGGACAAGUAUUGAAGAUGAAUGGGGCCAAAAGGAUGUUCACAGUUUCGGGUCAAGAGGUAAGAAGCUUCUCGCAGCUGAGGAACGAAUUCGCAGAUGUAGACACGUUCUACUUGGGCACUGGAUCCGGGAUAGGUAUGGCCGGUGCGGUGACUGCAUCUCCAGCAAGAAGAUCCAGGUCGAGGGGACCGCCCACGGUGGUCGAAGACAUUGGUCGUCAACGACGAGCUCGCAGCAAAAGCAGACCUCGUGCUUUGUACGCCCCUGAUUCAGACGUCGUCCGAGUAAACGAUUACAGCGUGGUAGAAGUGUUGAGGGACGAACCUGCCAGAGUGACGAUCAGAGGAUUAAGAAGAUCCUUUUAUCCACCUUCUCAUCUACCACCGGUGGACAAUUCACCGCCGGAUAAGAAACUGCAGCUCGAAUGGGUUUACGGAUAUCGGGGCACCGAUACCCGAAGAAAUCUCUGGGUAUUGCCCAGUGGCGAGCUCUUGUACUACGUCGCUGCCGUGGCUGUUCUCUUCGACAGAGAAGAAAAUGCACAACGGCAUUACGUGGGCCACACCGAAGACAUUACCUGCAUGGAGGUUCACCCAAGCAGAGAGCUCGUGGCAUCCGGGCAAAAAGCUGGUAGACACAGAAAAGCGCAACCACACGUUCGCAUAUGGUCAACAGAGACCUUGCUCACUCUGUAUGUGUUCGGAAUGACUGAGUUCCAGAUGGGAGUCUCCGCCUUGGCAUUUUCGCAGCUGAACGGUGGAAGUUACGUGCUGGCAGUAGAUGCCGGUAGAGAGGCAAUACUCUCGGUAUGGCAAUGGCAAUGGGGUCAUUUAUUGGGUAAAGUGGCGACUAUGCAGGAAGAUCUCACAGGGGCUGCCUUCCACCCCCUCGACGAUAAUCUACUUAUAACGCACGGUCGGGGGCAUCUGACAUUCUGGAACCGACGAAAAGAUGGUUUCUUCGAGAGGACAGACAUAAUCAAACCCCCUUCCCGUACGCACGUGACGAGCAUCCAGUUUGAGCAAGACGGGGAUGUCGUCACGGCGGAUAGCGACGGUUUCAUCACCGUCUACUCGGUGGAUGCUGAUGGAGCGUACUUUGUUCGAAUGGAAUUCGAAGCGCAUAAUAAAGGCAUCAGUUCUUUGGUGAUGCUAUCAGAAGGCACGUUGCUCUCCGGAGGAGAGAAAGAUCGCAAGAUAGCCGCGUGGGAUUCUCUUCAGAAUUAUAAACGAAUAACCGACACGAAGUUGCCAGAAGCAGUAGGAGGAGUUCGUAGCAUUUACCCUCAGCGACCGGGAAGAAACGAUGGAAACAUAUACGUAGGAACCACCAGGAACAAUAUACUGGAGGGUUCUCUUCAGAGAAGGUUCAAUCAGGUGGUGUUUGGCCAUGGUAGACAGUUGUGGGGACUUGCGGUACAUCCUGACGACGAGGUGUUCGCCACAGCAGGCCACGACAAGAAUAUUGCUCUCUGGCGAAGACACAAAUUGUUAUGGACAACGCAGGUCGGUUUCGAGUGUAUCUGCAUCGCUUUUCAUCCUUUUGGAGUGGCACUAGCUGCUGGCUCCUCCGAGGGUCAUCUUCUGGUUUUGGCAGCAGACACCGGUGCGGCUGUGGCUACCCUUAGAGUUUGUGGUUCACCUUUAUCAUGCAUUGGCUACAAUCCAACUGGAGAAAUCGUGGCGAUGGGUUCUCAGAACGGUAGCGUCUAUCUCUUCAGAGUAUCUAGAGACGGAUUCUCCUACAAGAAGAGCAACAAAAUACGUGGAACGCAACCGCUGAUGCAGCUCGACUGGAGUUCUGACAGCAGAUUUCUUCAGACGGUCACGCAGGACUACGACCUAGUGUUCUGGGACGUGAAAGCGUUGUCAUCAGAGAAGAGUCCGCUAGUCAUGAAGGAUGUCAAAUGGUACACUCAUAAUUGCAUGGUUGGCUACAUGGUGUCUGGAAUGUGGAAUAAUCGUUAUUAUCCAUUAACCACGGUUCUGACUACAUCCAGUAGAUCGGCUGCUCAUGAUAUGCUGGUCAGCGGCGAUGCAGAAGGCUACCUGAGACUGUUCAGAUACCCGUGCACCAGUGCUAAGGCUGAGUACGUUGAGGAAAAAGUGUACAGUUCCUUGGUGGCCUGUGCCAGAUUCCUUUACAACGAUCAGAACGUCGUCACUGUCGGUGGAACUGAUGCCGCGCUAAUGCUAUGGGAACUCGUUGACGAGUAGACAGGAGAUUUGCCAUAGAUUUUCUCGAUAUUUUUCCAUUUUACCCAAGGUCUAACUACGGACCGUUUGCCCGUUUAAUCUCGAAGAGAUUCCGACGAUUUACUUUGUCAUGGAACUUUUUUAAUACCAAACGCAGGGAACGUUUAUCAUUUUAUACUGGAUAUACCGUUCAACCCUGAGAGAAAACAUUGUAGCGAUUUUUACCAUUCGACUUGAUUCGGUUACUUUUGGUGCAGGAAUCUGUGGAAGAUUUAUUACCGACUAUAAUGUCGGUUCAUUGUCAUCCUACUUUCACGAUUCCUUUUAUCGGGAGCCAUAAAUGCUUGUCGCUGAUAACCGAGUCGAAAAGUAAUCACCGCUAGAAAAUUGUUGUACCCUUACAUCGUGUCAGUGAAUCGUUUCAAGGACGAAUACAACAUAUUUUUAACGUUUUAAAUACCAGUUUCGUACCGCAACGAUGCGAUCGGUAUCGCUCCCUCCAACCCUGAAGGUUGUUGCAUAUAAAAUGCAGUCUUUUUCAAGCACGUUUUGAUUAAUGAACAUUAUUUUUAACGAGGAUACAGCUGACGAAGGUUCUAUGAAUAAAUCAGUCAUUUCAUAUGCAACAACUUAAUAGUUUCAUACUAAUCAGGGCGAUCACUGUUUUCGACGAAGGAAAGAUAUGAUCCGGUUAAUGAAGAUCGCAAGGAAACAUUUAUGACUAUUAUGAAACUGUGAAACUUUAGCCAUGGAAAUGAGCACGCAUUGCAAAGGUCUAUCUUCCCUUCUAUCGAUUGUUUUGUCAUUAUUGUCGCUAUAAUUUCUUGUACAGUCGCGUGCAGUCGUGCGCUUUCUUUUUGGGGUAAGAGGUAGUGUAACUUCCUACAUCUCAUCGGUUUCACCGUUUACAUUGAAAUAUUCACAAAUUUAGUAAGAUUUGGCUAAUCCCCGUUCCUAAUUCCCAUAGCCGAGAUUUCAUAUUCUCCUCGACUUCCAAAAUGUACAGAAACCCCCGAGCCUUCCCCCUCCCAUGAGAAGGUAUCUUUGCACGUGACUGUCCAUGUUUAGCGAUAACCAACGGCGUACGAUAAACGUUAUCACGCUAUAACGAUGCAGUACACAUUAAAGGCGUAAUGAAAACGAUACACGUAGACACAUUAUUAAAUGUGUACCCGUAGGAAUAAUUAAAAUAAAAUGAAACAAUGUGCGCACGUUCGGGAGCGUGCUAUCGGGGUGCUGGCGCCCCUUUGUAGACGAUAAGUAACAUAGAUUUAAAAUGAAAAAAUCAAGAGGACGAGAAACGUUUCCAAUUAACACGCACUCUUGUAUGGGAACCGACGGUCGACUUGUUCUUUCUUCAUUGUUUCGAAGAUUUUUAGAGAUAAUACGUAUAAUGCUGUUGCGGGUCAACGCGCAUUCCUCUCUCUCCGUCGAUCAUUCCCUUGUUUCACACUGAUAAUUUCUAGAAGAAAAAGAAAAAAUACAUAGAGAUUAUACAGAAAGUUUCAACGAUAUUAUAAAUAUCUAUACAUACGUAUAUAAUACAUAUACAUAUAGCAAGUAGAUGCAAAUGAUAACACGAGGAUCUCUAACAUGUUUAGCAAAACUACACACGGGAUCGUCACUGCCAUGGCAUCGAGUUCAAAAUUUGCUUCAUAGUCUGUGGGAUGUGUCAGAAAAUUAAUUUCUUAUCAAGUUUUGA